GCCUAACCCAACCGCUUUGUUAAUCAUUUAUUUUUUUAAUAUUUUUUAAUUAUUUAAAAUUAGCGCUAUAACCCAACUACAGAGUUUGUCUUUGGCCCAGUUUUUAAAUGUAGGCUAAACAUUUACGUUUUAAUUUCAAUUAAAAAAUUUUAACAAAAGCGUCUUUACUAGGGGAAAUAAUUUAAACUUUUACAUUAUGCAAAGAUCAGUCUACUUCUCCAUGAACCCAUGAACAUAUAACCUCCACGAAUUAGCAACUCUAACCCCAUGCACUGUGCUGAGAAAGUGCACAUUUAACCAGUGUUUGUACAAUAACACCUGCAAUAAACGACAAUACCCCAAUAAACGUAUUAGAAAAACCAACUCUCAGACGCUAAUGGAUCACUUUGUAUGCAAAUAUCCGAUAUGUUAUUUGAGCGGGGGAAAGAAGGGAGGGCUCUUGUUGUCACUUGCCACCCAAGACGUGAUUCAGCCUCAACAAUUACCAUUAUCUGUUUCCCACUUUUCACGAAUUCGGACGAAUCAGUAAUGAUGAAGAGUGUUGCCCUCCAUCAUUGUGAACGUAACAGGCUAUUCUUUCCCGAGUUCACACCUACCAUUACAGGGAUUUAAGUACACGAGUCAUUGAGGUACUUAGAGCCUAUAAGGAGGAGAGGCCUCAAAGCAGACACCAAGUGCUGUUUAUAUAAACACCGCGACAUCAGUGUACACAUUGUCACUUGGAUGUGCAUCUUGAAAACGCACGCAUCACUUCAGCACUGCGCUAACGAGGAUAGCUCUUCAAGAACCAGUCCUGGAACUAACAGCAACCCUGCGAAACAAAUGGCGAUUUCAAACAAGUUCAGUUUCACCGUGAGAAGUAUUUUGGAUUUGCCAGAAAAUGACGAAAGCAUCGUACAGCAUUCUCCAUUGGACUCGUUUUCCGUCUCCACUUACUCAUCGUGGACUGAAAACGACAGAGGACAUAUAUCGUCGGAUGAUAGCAACAUUGAAGCUUCACCAGACUCCACAGAACCAGAUGUGCUCUCCGUGGACACAGAGCACGAAAAGAGGAAGAAGCGUCGCGUGUUAUUCUCCAAAGCUCAGACUUAUGAACUGGAGAGACGCUUCCGUCAGCAGCGAUACCUGUCCGCUCCAGAACGGGAGCAGCUGGCGCACCUGCUCCGCCUCACGCCCACGCAGGUCAAGAUCUGGUUCCAAAACCACAGAUACAAAAUGAAGAGAGCGCGAAUAGAGUGCGCUCAGGACCUCAACCAGCCUCCCGUGUUGCGCAGAGUCGUGGUGCCCAUUUUGGUUCGAGAUGGCAAACCGUAUCAGAACUGCACUAUCGAUACAGAAAAAGGAAACAGCAUCGUUCCACCAACCGUGCCAUCUUCACCGUUUACUGUUCAAGGUUUUCAUUCUUUACAGCAACAGACGCCAUUUGCGCUUUUUCCUACAUACCAGCACUUUACCAACACAGCGGCCUCCCGGCACCACUUUUGUGUUUGGUGAGACUUAUGCCAACACGAACUAUUUCUGGACUUUCCCCAGGACAGCGCAUGGAUCCAUCUCGAUUAAAGUCGUUGUAAUUGCAUAAAGUGAUAGGUCUAUUCAAGUAGAAAUUUUCAGCGUUAAAAUGGUUUUAAAAAUGCUGUUUGCACAUAUUAUAUGGUCGAUUUAGUUUUGUUGGGCCAGUUGGGUUUUGCAGAUUGUUGUGUAUUAAUUGAUGUCAUGUGUGAUUUCCUAGUUCCAUAGUUUAUUAUUAAAAUGUUGUAUUUUUUUCUAAACCAAA